AUGGAGGUAUCAAAAUAUUUGUCUUAUGCUUCAUCUGUUUUUUUCUCUUUUUUUUUUCUUUCCUGUUUCUCUUGCAGCAAAUACUGGCCAUUGUUUGUUCUUUUCUUUUACAUUCUUUCUCCAAUCCCCUACUACAUAGGAAGGAGAGUAGUUGAUGAUACUGAUGCAGCAAGCAGUGCAUGUAAAGAACUUGCCAUAUUUCUCACUACAGGCAUAGUCGUCUCAGCUUUUGGGCUGCCUAUAAUUUUUGCAAGAGCACAAUUGAUUCAAUGGGGAGCAUGUUCUCUGGUGCUGACGGGCAAUGUAAUCAUCUUUGCAACCAUUCUGGGAUUUUUUAUGGUUUUUGGCACUAAUGACGAUUUUAGCUGGCAGCAAUGGUGAGAGAUACACAUGCCAACGUUUGCUGGAGGGAGAAUGUUCACAUCUGGAAUUCAUCCAAAAAAAGACUGCGAUAACAUCAACUACUGUCCAACACCAGAUACGCUGAUUUGUUACAUUUUCCACUGACAUUUGAUAGUCUGCACAAGUGUGCAUUUGUAAGUGACUGUAUCCUUCUUUGUUAGCCUAAAUAUUAUCUCCAUAUCAGGACAUGGUUUGAUUUUGCAAUCCCUACUGGUGCAACAUUAAUAACCAUAUCAUAAAAAUGACGAAAUCAAUUGCAACUUCGUAGGAAAUAUUUUUGAGAAGAAACAACUGUUUGAUUUGUUACUUUGUAAGCUUGGACGUAAAGCUUUGAUGAACUAACAAAAGGGACUUAUUUUCUUUUUAAAUCAAAGUAUUUGCUGCCUUUUGUGUUUUCAGUGUACACAAGUGGUGCUUGUGUGUACAGUAAGAUUUUAGUGCUAUACUAUAAAUUUGGUUUCAGUGUUGCAUGCUGUAUUAUACUUGACCUUUUACUGUGUUCAUUUUUUACGCAAAAAAUCAGUAUCAAGUCAAAACUGAAACUUGUACAUUCUACUUGUCUUUACAAUUGGUGAAUUGUUUACUUUUAUCAUCAUCGUUCUCAGCACAUUUAUGAAAAGUGUUAAGUCAGUGUGCCUAGUAAAGCUGCUGAAAUAUACUUUUGAGAAUUGUACUCAUCUUAUUGAUAAUUGUGACUUGUGUUCUAUGCAUCUUAAAUAUCUUGUAUUUC